UGGACGCUGGUGAGUAAAAGCGCCAACGGAAUGAAGGAUUUCAUUGUCGUUUGACAAUGAACCGAGUUCGGCAUAAACGGCAUGUGUCAAGCGAUGCCGUGACUCUCCUCUGCUGCUUAAACAAGAGCGACCGACCGCGGGGAGAAAAACCUCGUCAAGAUGGCCAAACACACUGACCCAGAGUGAAGGGGCACCGCUCCCCGUCCAGUCCUGUCCUGCGACCAGCACCAAUGCAACUGCGCCUUUAGAAAGGAGAUGUUCUCUGUGGAAAAUGCCAUCAAGACUAAAGCUGGACAGUCACUGUAUGCUGGAGGAAAGCUGAGGAACGUUUUGUAAGCCCCAAGUGGUCAGAGGGUUGGAGAGCUCCAACGAAUACCAUCUCAAAAGCUUCAAACAGGGAAGCCUACCGCCAAGCCUAACUCCAAAACCCAAGAACAAAGAUGCAAUUCAUUGGUACCCACUAGCAAAUAACAUCUCAAAGGGCUGUUUUCUGUCAAACCUCAAGUAAAGGUGAAAGCAAGUGUGUUUUUGGAUACGUCUGCGUGGUGAUUCUCUAUUGAGCUGCAAAGCAUCGUAAUUGGGUGGCGGCCAUCUCUCUCCCCCUCUCAACGAACCCAAGUCUUGGUACCGUGAGCCUGCCCAUCAGAUCAUGAUGUUUCGUGACCAGGUGGGAGUCCUUGCCGGCUGGUUUAAGGGAUGGAACGAGUGCGAACAGACGGUGGCGUUACUGUCGCUCCUCAAGCGGGUCAGUCGGACCCAAGCACGCUUCCUUCAGCUCUGUCUGGAGCAUUCCUUGGCUGACUGCACCGAGCUGCAUGUUCUGGAAAGGGAGGCCAAUAAUCCAGUGGUGAUCAGUCAGUGGCAGAGUGAGCCGAAAGAACGGGUUAUCUCUCUGGUUCUGACCCACCUGCCUCUACUCAAACCGGGCAACGUUGAGGCCAAGGUGGAGUACAUGAGUCUCCUGCCGAAGAUCUUGGGCCACACCAUUGAACAUGGCCGGCACUUAGAGGAAAGCAGGCAGCUUCUGUCCUACGCCCUCAUCCACCCCGCAACCUCCCUCGAGGACCGGGGGAACCUCGCCCUCUGGCUCAACCACCUGGAGGAGCGGGCGGCCGCCCGAGGAACUGGAGACUCCCUUGAGCGCGCGCCUUCAUCCCACCAUGGGCAGCCUCCACACCUCUAUCCCCACCACCAGCGCUACGGGUCGGACGACCGUCUGAACGGCUGGCAGGGCUCGAGGGACUCUGGGCUGGGAAGUUGGCAGCAUCAGCAGCAACAGGGCUGCGAAAAUGGGCACCUCUCACUGUACCCAUCAUCCUCUGUGCCCUCCACUAUCAAUGCUGUAGGUACAGGCUGUGGGACCAACACAAUUCUGUCGGGUGGACAGCACAGUCCUCUGCGGCGUUCGGUGUCUCUGACCCCUCCGAUGAGCGGCGGAUCUAACCAGCCUCUGGGGCACGGAUGGCUCUCCCAGGAGGACCUGCGUCCCCGCGGGCCGGCCCCUGACCACGCCCCCAUCUCUCCUCAGAGCAGCGUGGCGUCCUCGGGCAGCGGAGGCAGCGAGCACCUGGAGGAACACGCUGCUGUCCGAAGUACAUUCCAUGAGGAGGGCAGCGGGAUGAGGGAUGUGCCAGCAUGGCUAAAGAGUCUGCGUCUCCAUAAGUACGCUGGACUCUUCUCCACCAUGACCUAUGAUGAGAUGCUGUCACUGACGGAGCAGCAGCUGGAAGCUCAGCAAGUCACCAAAGGGGCACGGCACAAGAUCAUCAUCAGUAUUCAGAAGCUGAAAGACAGACAAAACAUGCUACGCUGUUUGGAGAAGGACAUUUUGGAGGGAGGGAAUCUACGUGCUCCUUUGCAGGAGCUCCACCAGAUCAUCCCGACGCCCAUUAAAGCCUGCAGCACAGAGGAGUCUUCACAGCACCACCUGCUGAGCGCUGAGAGGAAGAGCAGCAUCGCCACUUCCCACCUGGGUGGAGGAGAGACGGAGGGCAGCUCCACGUUCAUAGCCGAGGGAGACAUCCCUGCUCAGUUCACUCGCGUCAUGGGCAAAGUUUGCACACAGCUCCUCGUCUCAGGGUCGGAUGAGGAGAACAUUAGUUCCUACCUACAGCUUAUUGAUAAGUGCCUAAUCCGUGAGUCCUUCACAGAGACACAGAAGAAGAGGUUGUUGUCUUGGAAGCAGCAGGUGCAGGUGCAGUUCCGGUCAAUUUCACGGAAAACUCUCCUGGACCUAACAGGACAGAGAAGAAGCAGUCGUUACGGUCAGUCCAACUCCCUCCCAACCACGGGAUGCGUAGGCAGCGGUGUUCCCACUCGGAGGAACUUGCGCCAGUAUCAGAUGCGGAGUUUGCCUGGUGUCAGACCCAUCCUUUUGGGUACCACCGGCCUGUUCGGACCAACCCCCCGAAGCGGCAGCAGCACCCCUACCGGCCUGAAGCAGGGAAGACAGGGUUUGUGGUUUGCCAAUCCAGGGGGCAGUAACAGCAUGCCCAGCCGCACUCACAGCUCAGUUCAGAGGACUCGAUCACUACCCGUCCACACCAACCCACACACCAUGGCCAUGUUCCAGCAAACAGAUUUACAGGUGCCUGUGACUGAGCCUGACAUCAAUAACCGUCUGGAGUCUCUGUGUCUCAGCAUGACUGAACACGCUCUGGGAGAUGGCGUUGAUCGAACUUCAACCAUCUGAGAGAAGAAAAGAGGGAGCACAGGGAGACGGCAUGCCUGGCAGCAGGGUGAAAGGUCAUCACGAGGUCACGAGACCCUCUGCCUAUAACCCUCCACCUGCUCACCUUCCAACACCAAAUAGCCAAUAGGAGAGGUGGGGCGUGGUCUACACAGUGCCAUUCACUAUUUUCUGAAAGGCUUAACACAAGCAAGAUCUGUCACCAUGACUACUUCAGCGUGUUUACAUUGGAGUUUGGGAGAAAAUCACAUCUUCAACACUUCCUUAGAAGAACGCCGCAAAGGGUCUACGUGUCGACAGGCCAUUAGAGGGGGUCCGACAACUCAAAGCGUUCAGGUGGCUGUCCGGGACGUCACAAAAUCCAAACCAGCCAGCAGACGAAACCAGAUCAAGACGUAGUUGCAGAUUCGAUUUCUGUGCCUCUGUGCAGAUGCUAAAAAUAUUACGUUAGAGCAUGUUCGAAGUCAUUUUUUUUCAGGUGCGAGUGUUCUGAGGACGGUGUACAGCUUUAGGUUCCUAAAUGGCUUCGUAGUUUACAAUUGCGUUUGUAUUCACUGUUUUGUUGUUCUAGUUUUCAUUUGUGCCAGCAGGAAAGCUGAUUUACAACACUACAGUACAAUGACAGUCAGAGCUACGGAUGGUACUCAGAAGAAAGAGAGGGAACGUGAGAGCAGCGAUGGGAAAGGAAACAGGAAGUGAUGUCAGUGGAAGGGUCUGUAGAGGGAGCGAGGAAUGUCGUACAUGGAUUCUGACGUAAGGAACGGUCGAGGGAGAUCAGGAGGUCAGAGAAGUGGAAUACAGGAGAAAUGCCAGCAAAUGCAAGUAGAUGGAAAAGUUGAAGAGGAGCAGGUGAACAUGGAGGUCAGAGGUGAGGUGAGGUGCGCAGAUCCAGACAGAA